UUAGAAAAGACAAAGCUACACACACACAUAUAUAAUACUAUUUAUUUAUAUAUGUGCCAUGGAAACCGGGUCUCUUGAACCCCGUAAUCGCUUUUACGAGGUUUUUGAACCUCACUGCAAAUGGAACACAUUUGAGACUCUUGACAUUGAUCUUAAAGGUUUCAGAACGGAACAAGUCAAGGUUCAGAUAAACCACAACAGAGGGAUGUUGCUGAUACAUGGAGAACGACCCUUGGGCGCCACGAAUAAGUGGACCCGUUUUCACAAGAACAUCAAACUCUCCGAAGACUCAAAUCUGAGUGAGAUCCGAGCCAAGUUUUCCGAUGUGUUUCUUUCCAUUGUUGUGCCUAAACAGGUGAAUGAACCGGUAAACGACGUUGUUGUAGCAGGCAGCCACGGGAGGAGUUCUGGUGGGGAGUAGAACUGAAGAUGAAUAAUUGGGGAGCCAUGAAAGCUGCCGCAGCGCUGGCUAUGGCGGUCAUCUCGGUGGGAGUUGUGAUCGGAUCUAGAUCGCCGCCGCCGCCUGUACAGAUGAAUCCGGUUCCAGUGGUUCAUGAGGCUGUCAUUGUGGAACGGGCUGUAAAGGAACCGGAUAACCGACCCAAGCCCAGCUCUAAUUUUCGAUUGAAGUAGACAGAUGAGUUAAAUUCGAAGUUGACUUUUGAUUAAAUCCAAGUCUGUAAAUACUAAAUAGAAUUCAUGCUUCGUAUAAAAAAAAUAGAAUUCAUGCUGAUAUUUGCAUAUAAUUGUGAGCCCUACAUUGUUGCUACUAUGAAUAUAGGAUU